AUGAAUCCUGUGGGGCAGUGCGGUGACGAAGGUGCCUGCAGCGAUCCUGCCCUGCAUGCCUGUGCUUGCCCUGCUGGAGAUGCUGCCGGGGAUGGAGCCUCCCUGCCCACCGAGCUGGCCUGGGCUGGGCAGGGAGAGCUGCUCCCACGCCUGGAGGGCACCCAGCCCAUGGCAUCGGGGCGUAUCACGCACCAUGUUGAAGAAAUGACCCACCUCUUGGCCGGCACACAAGCACGCACCCAGGUCUAUCGGCACCGAGACCUGCUGGCCUUCACCCUCCCACUGCAGGCUGAUCUGGCAGAGAAACGCGGGGCAUGUCUGAACCUGAAAUCAGGUCAGCAGAACGCCUAUACCCAAGAGGAUUUUCGGCACAAGCAGGGUGUCAUCACUGGGGCUGUGGUACCGGGCACAGGGAGGAUGAGCACAGAGGAGGCUGGCAAGGGGACUUCUCCCACCCCACCUCUCCUUGGGCUUCUGGUUUCAACCACCAAGCUGGUCCCACCCAGUCCCGCAUCCCCCGAGAAGGCAGACCCACUGCCCAUCAUCAUCAUGCUCAUCUGCAUCUUCAUCAUCCUGGCGACCUUCCUCGUCUUUGUCACCCUCUGCAAGCCAGCGGCGCUGGACCCGUCCCGCUCCGGGCCCCACGAGUGCAUGCCCCAUCACCCGGCGGAUGCCAGUGAGCCCCAGCUGAGGCUCUGGAAGCGGCUGGGCUCCCUGCGAUGCUCCAUCAACACCUUCAGGAGGAGUCAGCCGGUGUCGCAGAGCCAGCUCGCCUGGCCCAGGAGGUCCCCAGCCAGCCGGGACUGGGACAUCAUGGAGUCCACCAAAAUGUGA